CCCUCCUCCAGGGUGUUCCUAUCCGUCUGGAGGUGGGUCCUAAAGACAUGCAGCAGCGUCAGUGUGUCGCCGUGAGGAGAGACUCGGGCGCCAAGGUGACGAUUCCAGAGGCCGAGGUGGAGAAGAAGCUGGUGGCCAUGUUGGAAGACAUCCAGAGCAGCCUGUUCAAGAAAGCGUCAGAUGACCUGAACAGCAACAUGGUGGCUGCAGACACAAUGGAAGAGUUCCAGAAAAUGUUGGAGCAGGGCAAGAUUGUCCAGAUCCCCUUCUGUGGGGAAAUUGAUUGCGAGGAUUCGAUCAAGAAAACCACUGCCAAGGACCAGGACCUGGAGCCUGGGGCCCCGUCCAUGGGGGCCAAGAGCCUCUGCAUCCCCUUCUCUCCCCUGAAGACACUGCAGCCAGGGCAGAAGUGUGUCUGCGGGAAGGAGCCCGCCAAGUACUACACCCUUUUCGGACGCAGCUACUAAACCCCGCUCUGCUGGAGCACGAGGAUGAUCAUCGCAGUGAAAAGGGCUUUCCUUUCGUUUUAUUCAUCUAUUUCUUUUUCCUCUCAUCUCUUGUCAAUGCAUAGGGUAACAGGGGUAUGACCACGGGACUGUGGUAUUUCAAAUGGGAAUAUGUUUUUUUGUUUGUUUUUAAACACAUGUUGGCAAUGUUAUAAUGCAGCUGGAGGAAGGCGGAGGUGAGAGGAACAGUUUACUCUUAUUCCGUUUUAAAAGAUAAUGGUCUGCACUGUUCACAAUCCGUUAUUGGAAAAAAUGUUUGUCAUGCUCUCAGGCUUCUACAUUGAUGAUUAUAAAAUUAUAAAUGUUUACUAUCCUUUCAAACUGACAUUUUUGUAUAACUCCCUACUUAGUACUGUCAGGAAAAACCCUGAUGUAUUUGGUUUAAGUAUUUGUCAACCCUUAUAAAGAUAAAUGGCCCUUUUUGAAAGAAAGAAGGAAAUCCUGAGAAGCAUACCCUCUACUGCCAUCUGGGUUAAGUGUCUUGUCCCGUCUCUUGCAGCAAAACAGUCUCAGGAACUCUUGAUAAAACGUCCUCAGUUCCACCACAGCCUAGUGAAAGAAAACUGUUCAUAGUUAAUAGUCAGUAAUAUAGUUCUCUGUUACUACUCCCAUGAAAUAACUCUAGUCUAUAAUAAAGUAAUUUACAUGGCAAA